AUGAACAGCUGUGUGAUCACGCAAAUCGCAUUGCUAUAUUCCAGUUAUUCAUAUGGUAUAACAUGUUAUGAAUGCUCAUCCGGCGUCACCGAUGACUGCCUAAAAGCAAGCGUUUCUUGCAUUUAUGGACUUUUUGGUUGCAUGAAAACGACAAUUUAUUCCGGUGGCAUUGAUAAAUUUGGCAACUACGAGAACCAGGAAGAUCGGAUAAUAGGCAUGUACCGAGGGUGCACCAUAUUACCCAUGACAGACUCUGAUAUAUGUCAACAAUUCGCAUUAUUUGGCUAUCGAAUCGUCACCUGUCACUGCUUCAAUGAUUUCUGCAAUGGUAUCGUAUCUGUCCAAACGAGCCUACCAGUUAUAUUUUUAUUCAUCGUCUGUUAUUUCACAACUUUUGUCUUGUAA